UGCGAGGCUGCCGCGUCCCUGUCGCGCCGAGCCCCGACUCGCGAUCCCAACUUUGUGCACUGGAAACUUUUCAACUCAAUUUCGGGCGGAUUCGAUUGUCGCGCGUCACUCUCGCUUCGAAUUUCGAGCCGUAUCGUGGAGUACACCGUGCCAUCGUUUGUACGUGCACUGUCGCGCGUUUAUACGACUCUGUCGGUCUAUUUUUGAAUAUUCUCUAAACGCUUCACCGCGAAGUUUUCGAAACGCAGCCCGCCGGAGCCGGGUUAACGGCCUCAGUGUAUGCACGCCUGCAUCACGUCUCUUGUGUUUUUGUUGACGGAUAACAUUUUGUGCAGUUAACUUCGACCGUUGAAUCCGAGAAACGUUAUCUUUGCGUAUGUGCGGGUCUCUAUAGUGUCGGCCGGUGAUGGCUACGGAUGACGUAGUGUGUUGUAUCUGUGGAUCGUGUCAGUGAGUGGCGAGGUUGUUGCCUGCCAGUGUUUCUGUGCCAGUGGUGCCAGUGAUGUGACAGUCUAUGGAAGCGUCAGGGUCUCGGAAUGUUCACGAAGCACGGCAAGGCCGCUGAGCGGUGCCUGCACUCUCAUAGGGGCCGCAAGAAGAAAAAGCCUGCGCCGCACACGCCCUGGAAAUACUUGAUGAAUUGCCCACUCGUUAGGAAAUGUUUUGGUCUACAGUUGCGGAGCAUAGAGGAGCCGGCGGGCGGCGCGGGCGGCGGCAUGCCCGUGCCCGCCUGCUACGACGCCGAGUGUGCCCGCACUGAAGCCUGGCUGGACGAGAACCAAGAGUUUGUGCACGACUAUUUCCUAAGGAAAGCGACGCGGCAGGUGGUGGACGCAUGGCUGGUGUCUCACGCGACGCCGCCGAGCGCGGAGCUAGCGUCGCCAUCGCGCGCCGGCUCCGGCUCCGGCGCUACCACGCCUGUCAGGAAGAUCUCAGCGCACGAGUUCGAGCGAGGCGGCCUCCUGAAGCCGCUGGUGACGACAGUGGACGGAACGCCCACGUUCCUCGGCGACCAACCGCACGCGACGCCGUCGCGGCCGCAGCGGCGGUCGCGGCACGAGCUGCGGCAGUUGGACGAGAAGGAGCUUAUAUUUGAAUUAGUGAAAGACAUUUGCAACGAGCUGGAAGUGAGGGUCCUGUGCCACAAGAUCCUCCAGAACGUGUCAAUCCUCCUGGACGCGGACCGGGGGUCUUUAUUCCUGGUGCAGGGAGAACGAGCGGCGUCUCCGCAACCACAAAACAGAUGCUUGGUGUCAAAGCUGUUCGACGUGUGCUCGAAGUCGACGCCGGAGCAGAUGGAACACCUCGAGGAGAUCCGGAUCCCGUGGGGCAGCGGUAUCGUCGGCUACGUUGCCGAGAGCGGCGAGCCCGUCAACAUACCCGACGCGUAUAAGGACGAGAGAUUCAACCACGACAUCGACCAGCAGACCGGCUACAAGACGCGGUCGCUGCUGUGCAUGCCGAUCAAAGACAUCAACGGAGAGGUUAUCGGGGUCGCACAGGUGAUAAACAAACAGAACGACGGCCCGUUUACGGCGAACGACGAGAAAGUGUUCGCCUCCUACCUCCAGUUCUGCGGGAUCGGGCUCCGGAACGCGCAGCUGUACGAGCGGUCCCAGCUGGAGGUGAAGCGGAACCAGGUGCUUCUGGAUCUGGCGCGGAUGGUGUUUGAGGAGCAGAGCACCAUCGAACACAUGGUGCUGAGGAUACUGACGCACACUCAGAGCCUCAUCCGCUGUCAGCGAGUACAGGUGCUUCUAGUCCACGAGGCGUCCAAAGGCAGCUUCUCGCGGGUGUUCGACCUGGAGGCCGGCGAUGAGGCGGAGCCCGGGACCCCUCGGACUUCGCCCUACGAGAGCCGGUUUCCCAUCAACAUCGGCAUCACGGGCUACGUCGCUACUACUGGCGAGACCGUGAACAUCCCAGAUGCAUAUUUGGACGCACGCUUCGACCCGUCUGUGGAUGAAGGCACAGGGUUCAAACACAACACCAUCCUCUGCAUGGCCAUCAAGAAUUCCGAAGGAAGAAUCAUUGGAGUCAUACAGCUGGUGAACAAAUUCGACGAGCUGUUAUUUACCAAAAACGACGAGAACUUCGUGGAGGCGUUCGCGAUAUUCUGCGGGAUGGGCAUCCACAACACGCAUAUGUACGAGAAGGCAAUCACGGCCAUGGCCAAGCAGAGCGUCACGCUUGAUGUGUUAAGUUACCACGCGUCCGCUUCGUUAGACGACGCUCAACGGUUACGGACCCUAAGGAUACCAUCAUCAGUCCACUUCAGCCUCCACGAGCUGGAUUUCGACGACAUAGAUCUCUCAGACGACGACACCCUCACAGCUUGUCUGCGAAUGUUCCUAGAUCUAGACUUCGUGGAACGCUUCCAUAUAGACUACAGCGUCCUCUGCCGGUGGUUAUUGAGCGUCAAGAAGAACUACAGGAAUGUCACGUACCAUAACUGGAGACAUGCGUUCAAUGUUGCCCAAAUGAUGUUCGCUAUACUGACGGAGACGCAGUGGUGGAAGAUAUUCGGCGAGCUGGAGUGCCUGGCGCUGAUCAUCGGCUGCCUGUGCCACGACCUUGAUCACCGGGGGACCAAUAACUCUUUUCAGAUCAAGGCAUCAUCACCGCUCGCCCAGCUGUACUCAACUUCCACGAUGGAGCACCACCACUUCGACCAGUGCCUGAUGAUCCUCAACUCGCCCGGGAACCAGAUCCUGGCGAAUCUGUCUUCGGACGACUACGAGAAGGUCGUCAAAGUGCUCGAAGACGCUAUACUGUCCACCGAUUUGGCUGUUUAUUUCAGCAAACGCAAGCCCUUCAUCGAGCUGGUGAGCAGCGAGCGCUGCGUGACAGUCGCGUGGGGCGAGUGCGAGGACCGUCGCGGGCUCCUGCGGGCGAUGCUGAUGACGGCGUGCGACCUCGCCGCCAUCACCAAGCCCUGGCCCGUCGAGCGCCGCGUGGCCGCGCUCGUGGCCGGCGAGUUCUUCCGCCAGGGCGACCUGGAGCGACACAACCUCAACCUGACGCCCAUAGAUAUAAUGAACCGAGACAAAGAAGACGAACUCCCUGCUAUGCAAGUCAAAUUCAUUGAUACGAUUUGCUUGCCUAUUUACGAGGCAUUCGCAGUACUGUCGUCAUCUUUACAACCAAUGCUCGAUAGAGUGAAGAGCAAUCGGGCGCAUUGGAUCGACCUCGCGAACAACGACAAAAACAAUGACAAAAUCGAGUACGGCCUCGAGAAAAACCACAUCAACGAGCGAAACGACAAAUCUAGCAUCAGCUCGCAAAACGUUGAUGACACAGAGAACACUUACGAAGGCGAUAGCAGCGGAGCCGUGAGUCUGUCUUCAGAGUCCAACUCCAAAUAUGAAAAUAUCGAAAACCCCGUUGUAGGACUCCUUUGCAACAACGUCCUAGCGAUACCGCGGGAUUCCAGCAAGUUCUCAAACAUGAACGAGCUAAACUAAAUACAAAAUGAGACGGACAUUUAUGUGAUAUAGUGAAACGCGUCUUAUUUGCGGAUAGCGUCCAAACCUCAUUUCAAAGGCCAAUAGCGAAGCCAAAUCGUCCGACGUUAAGUUUUUAGUGUAAAGAUACAUUUUAGUGUCUAUUAGCACAAUGUGUUACUCAAUAACGAUAUAGUUUUGCAUUUUAGAUGUUUAUCUUUUUAUUUUAUAAGUUACGGUUUUGUAACUGAUUGGGUUUUAUUGAGCUUACGAUUCCGUAUGUUUUGCCGCCAUAUUUUUUCAUGUUCCUAUUGGCUUGAAAUCGAGGUCCUUUACGAGAGUGAACGGUACUUGCGUUACAAACAACGUUGUGUGAUAUUCGUGUAGUUAGAUGAUGAUUUAGUUGAAUUCGAGAUGAUUCACCUAACGCAAGGCGUUUGUCGAUAAGUUAUCAGGAUUCUCGCACUAUUUUUGUACACUUCAUUUAGCUUUACAUGAAUAAUUUUAAGAAAUUUAUAAUGUAUGUACCUAAAUGUUUUGAUUUACCUCAUUCGUCUAUUCCUACGUAUUACAUGAAGUCAUUCGUGUGUCGAUAGUUUUCGUAUCAUUUAAGAUACUUGUAAUGAACAUUUAAUAUUAUAUUGAUGAAUUAUUUGAAACUAAUGAACAGGGCCUAUACGUCAUGUCUAACGUAGUUUUUAUCAAAUAUAUGACCAAAAUACCAAAAAUUUUGAAUAGUGCUAAAUUGUUUUUGUUCAUAAAACAUAUAAUAAGACAUUCAAGCUUUGAGUAUUAAAAUGUAUAUUUAUAGAGUUUGGCAUUAUUAUGUUCGUGUAAAAUUUGACUUGUGCGUGAAAUAUAUCCAUCAGAUACAUAGAAUCAUGACCUACAUAUCGGGAAAUGAAUGUGUAACCAUAUAAUGUGUAUGUGACAAGGGUAUAGUGAAUAAUAUGUGACUAUAAUGUACACGUGUUGUAAAAUAUCUGAGAAAUAAGCUUUUUAUUUCUUUAAUUUGUAUUAACAUUUGUUUUCAAGUUGUAAAAUAACAGAAUAAACACGUGCAUAUUGUAAUCUCUUAAAAUUUUAAUCGCACAACAUUAUGUAAAUAGGACCUUAAAUUAUUAACGAAGCGUAAUUUUUGGUAAGUAAUGUACUUAUUAUGAAAUCGGGUUCUGAUUUAAAUAAUAUUCAGUUUUGUAGUCGCUCUGUACGGAACGCCCGCCUCGCAAUAGUUUUACGCCUGACAGUUAAACCACAAUCAGUGCUAGCACAUCAAGCUUUACAAUUGUAUUGCAAAAUGGUACGUAUUGAAACUGCGUAAGAUUCCAUGGUGCUUGAUGUGCCCGAUAUUUGGUGGCUUGUGGAUUUUUGGGAGACUAAACUCUGACCAAUAGAUGCUGUAAAGGCGCGCGCGCACGGUUCACUUUUGUCACCGUAACAGUAUGUCUCUCCAUAGAUAAGUUUAAAUACUACGUUAUAUCUCUUUCUCUUUUUGAAAGUGUAAAAGAGAAAGAUGUUGUCAGUGUGCGCAUAGCCUAAGAUAAUGUCAUCGUUGGUUGCAAUCUAUUGGUGAUUUUAGUUUCUCUUUCCGUCACAGGCUACUAAGUAUUGGCAGCACUGUAAAGGGAACUAGAAGUUCGCUCGGUUUUGCUUUGCAUACUUUAGUAAUAGCAUUAUCUAUGUCUAUAGAUAUUUCUUACGUUUUCUGUAACUGUUUUUCAUCUGUUUCUUUUUUCUGAAAUGUAUUAAUUGUUUUUUCGAACAACCCUUUGUAACUAUUUUUGAUUUUUUUUUUCGUUCAUUUACAAAAUAUUAUUACAUCCUUUUUGCAAGAAGGCAAAGGUAAAUGAAAACUUUUUGAAUAUUUUCUUGAUUUCUAUAUUUUUUGCAACAUUAACCCAUUUCGUGCAUGCAUAUAAUCGAGCGGGCCUUCCCCUUUUGUGGUUGUAGCAAGAACCAUUCCAAUUAAUUGUUUUGUAUCAUAUUACCUGCUGUUUGUGUCGUCCGUUAAUAAAAACGCGUAAUUAAUAAUUAUUAUGUCAAUUAAAAUAUACAAAAUGUAUAAUCAAAUUUUUUUAUGUAAUGUAUAGAAAAAAUAUGAAUUAUUGCUAAACUGCAGAAUGUUCUAUGUUUUAAAUAUCAAUUUUAUUUUUUGAAAUUGAUCCAAGAAGAUGCAGUUUAAUUGAAAUAUCUAAUAAUUAUGUUUAAUAGUUGAGACUAUUUCUAAUAUAAAUUGAUAGAUUUUCAUUAAAAACGCUUUUAACGAGUGCAAUUGAAAUCAAUGGUUGGGAUAGCAUUUUAAUUUCAUAUACCGUUUGCUUAGCGGUAUAUUUCUAACGCUGUCUGUGUGUCUACCUUCUAUGAGACUAUUCUAAUCAACUUUAUCAAAAUUCACUAUAUUUCUCCUAUAAAUGCUGUAAAUAAAAAAGAAAUAUUAUUUUUCCAAAAAUGUCAGUUUUCCCAAAAACAUCAAUCGCUCUCUCAACCAUCAAAAUGGUACGUAGUGUUGAAAGGUUUGGAUAUAUUUUCGUUCCCAUACAAAUUUUGUAACCAAACAAAACUUUUGACCAAUUUCGCCAUAAAAGAAAAAUUGUAUAUUAUAAUAUUUUCUAAUUGGAAUAAUUCUCUCUAUAAGCGUUAGAUAUUUACUUGAAAAAAAAAAUCUCAAAUUAUUGUGGUAAUAAAAUAUGUACAACCCUAAUGUUAAGAAUCGCUGUAAGUAUUAUUAGAAAGUAAUUAGAGAAUUAAUAACUGUAAUUCACUAAAUGAAGAGUUGUAUGGUGUGUGAAUAAAUAUGGAGGUUGUUUUGUUCCAAACAAAAAUGUUAUUUAUUUAUGAUUAAACAAAUUUUGAAAUAA